GGAGGUUUUUGCCCAUGUCGAACUUACAGUGACUGAAAUCAAAUAACGUUACCAAGCCAGCUAGCUAACUGAUGAAAAAUAGAUAUUCGACACAAUGUCAGAUGAAGAGGUUCCGUCAACUUCCAGAGAGCCUGAUCCUGAAAUGGAUGAGGUAGUUGAUGACCCACCUUUCCAGCUCAAGAUACCCCCAAAGGCCGUGGCUAAAGUCGAGGGCGAUGUGGACCCUGAGUAUGAGGAGAAGCGGAAAACGGACCGAGCGAAUCGUUUCGAGUUCCUGUUGAAGCAGACAGAGCUGUUUGCACAUUUCAUUCAGCCUGCGUCCCAGAAGUCUCCUACUUCACCUCUGAAAGUGAAGCUCGGACGCCCGCGCAUCAAACAAGACGAGAAACAAAACCUGCUCUCUAUUGGAGAUAAUCGUCACAGAAGAACAGAACAGGAAGAGGAUGAAGAGCUUCUGUCGGAGAGCAGGAAGGUUGCCAACGUCCUGGUCCGCUUCGAAGAGUCUCCCUCCUAUGUUAAAAACGGAACCCUGAGGGAUUACCAAGUCAGAGGGCUCAACUGGAUGAUCUCUCUGUACGAGAACGGCAUCAAUGGGAUCCUUGCUGAUGAGAUGGGCUUAGGGAAGACCCUUCAGACCAUCGCGUUGCUGGGAUACCUGAAGCACUACAGGAACAUCCCGGGCCCUCACAUGGUGUUGGUUCCCAAGUCAACGCUACACAACUGGAUGAAUGAGUUCAAGAGAUGGGUGCCAACUCUGAAGGCCGUUUGUCUUAUCGGAGACAAGGAUGCUCGGGCUGCGUUUGUGCGUGACGUCAUGAUGCCUGGAGAAUGGGAUGUCUGUGUGACGUCCUAUGAAAUGGUCAUCCGAGAAAAGUCUGUGUUCAAGAGGUUCAACUGGAGAUAUCUGGUCAUCGAUGAAGCUCACAGGAUCAAAAAUGAGAAAUCCAAACUCUCUGAGAUUGUGCGGGAGUUUAAAACCACCAACCGCCUUCUCCUGACCGGCACGCCGCUGCAGAACAACCUCCACGAGCUGUGGGCGCUGCUCAACUUCCUCCUACCGGACGUCUUCAACUCUGCCAACGACUUCGAUUCUUGGUUCGACACAAACAACUGUCUCGGGGACCAGAAGCUGGUUGAGAGACUGCAUGCGGUUCUGAGGCCUUUUCUCCUGCGUCGCAUCAAAGCGGAGGUGGAAAAAACCCUACCUCCUAAAAAGGAAGUGAAGAUUUAUCUGGGACUGAGUAAGAUGCAGAGAGAAUGGUACACUCGUAUCCUGAUGAAGGACAUCGACAUCCUGAACUCUGCGGGGAAGAUGGAUAAGAUGCGCCUGUUGAACAUCCUCAUGCAGCUUAGAAAGUGCUGCAACCACCCGUACCUGUUUGACGGGGCCGAGCCGGGACCCCCCUACACCACAGACACACACCUGGUCAUCAACAGUGGCAAAAUGGUGGCUCUGGACAAGCUUCUGCCCAAAGUCCAAGAACAAGGGUCUCGAGUGCUCAUCUUCAGUCAGAUGACCCGCGUCCUUGACAUCCUGGAGGACUACUGCAUGUGGAGGGGUUACGAGUACUGUCGCCUGGACGGGAACACGUCGCACGAAGCCAGACAGCAAGCCAUAGAGGCCUACAAUGCUCCGAACAGUAGCAAGUUCAUUUUCAUGUUGAGCACCAGAGCUGGGGGUUUGGGCAUAAACCUGGCAACCGCCGACGUGGUCAUCCUGUACGACUCUGACUGGAACCCUCAAGUAGACCUGCAGGCCAUGGACAGGGCUCAUAGAAUUGGUCAGAAGAAACCAGUGCGUGUGUUCCGCCUCAUCACUGAUAACACAGUCGAGGAGAGGAUUGUAGAGAGAGCUGAGAGGAAGUUGAGACUAGACUCCAUUGUUAUUCAACAAGGGAGGCUGAUCGACCAGCAGUCCACCAAACUGGGGAAGGACGAGAUGCUGCAGAUGAUUCGCCACGGCGCCACGCAUGUGUUCGCCUCCAAGGACAGUGAGCUCACGGAGGAAGACAUCAACACCAUCCUGGAGCGAGGAGCCAAGAAGACAGCGGAGAUGAACGAGCGCAUGGAGAAGCUGGGGGAAGGCUCUCUCAGGAACUUCACCAUGGACAUGGGAACCACAGAGACCAGCCUCUACAACUUCGAAGGGGAGGACUACAGAGAGAAGCAGAAACUGAGCAUGAUGGAGUGGAUCGAACCUCCUAAACGAGAACGGAAAGCCAACUAUGCGGUGGACGCGUACUUCAGAGAAGCCCUGCGCGUCAGUGAACCUCGGGCCCCGAAGGCUCCUCGGCCGCCCAAACAGCCCAGCAUCCAGGACUUUCAGUACUUUCCCCCUCGCCUGUUUGAGCUGCUGGAAAUGGAGAUCCUUCAUUACAGGAAGACCAUAGGCUACAAGGUGCCCAGGAGCCCUGAUGUCCCCGGCUCUGCCCAGGUGCAAAAGGAGGAGCAGAAGAAGAUCGACGAGGCGGGGCCCCUGACGGCCGAGGAGACGGAGGAAAAGGAGAAGCUGCUGACGCAGGGCUUCACCAACUGGAACAAGCGAGAUUUCAAUCAGUUCAUCAAAGCCAACGAGAAAUACGGCCGUGACGACAUUGACAACAUCGCCCGUGAAGUGGAGGGGAAAAACCCUGAGGAAGUCAUCGAGUAUUCUGCCAUUUUCUGGGAGCGCUGCAAUGAACUCCAGGACAUUGAGAAGAUCAUGGCCCAGAUCGAGCGUGGCGAGGGUCGGAUCCAGCGCAGGAUCAGCAUCAAGAAGGCGUUAGACGCCAAGAUCGCGAGGUACAAGGCCCCGUUCCACCAGCUGAGGAUCCAGUAUGGGACCAACAAAGGCAAGAACUACACGGAGGAGGAGGAUCGCUUCCUGAUCUGCAUGCUGCACAAGAUGGGCUUCGACAAGGAGUGCGUCUACGAGGAACUGAGGCAAUGCGUCCGGAAUGCGCCGCAGUUCAGAUUCGACUGGUUCAUCAAGUCCCGGACCGCGAUGGAACUGCAACGCCGUUGUAACACACUCAUCUCUCUCAUCGAGAAAGAGAACAUGGAGAUCGAGGAGAAAGAGAGAGCUGAGAAGAAGAAGAGAACUCCAAAAAGCCAAACAGCUCACAAAAGAAAAGCUGAUGGAUCCUGCGAAUCUGUAAGAAAAGACAAGAAGUCCAGAGCCUGAGGCCUGGGUCAGAGCCUGAGGCCUGGGUCAGAGCUGGGGAACACUUGCGUAAUCAAUCUUUCAUCUGAAUCAUCCUAUUGAGGUCACAGGUUUGGUCAAUCAUUAAAAAAAAAAAAUGUUAGUCAACAAAACAAAGCUGUUGUUACUUGUCGAAGUGAGUGGCUUCUCUAAUUUUUUAAGACAUUUUGUAAAACUCUUUUUGCAGUUGUUUGAUGCACUUUGAAACCUAACAUGCUGUUGUGUCAGUCUAAAUCUGUUCAGUUGUUUUAUACAGCUCCGGGUAUGAGAGGUCAUAAGCUAGUGCCGCAAAGGGGAAUGCCAGGUAGCAUUAGAUGGCAUUUUGGUGGAUAUUGAAACCUGGCAUGGUUUCAUAUGUAACAUUUGCACCGCAGGGGUGGUGUUGUUUAGCAGGGGUGGUGUUGUUUAGCAGCGCGAUGAAGAAAAACUGCUUUGUAUGUUGUUGUUUUUUGCAUUUGGCUCUUGCAGGUCUGUGUUCGACUUAUUCUCUUAUGAAAAGUAAUUUGUAUGCACCUUGUAGCCCAUCGCUUAGUUUGCACAAUUACUGCUCUUACGUUAAAUUACAUUUUAUCUCACCUUUUCAGCCUAACUUGAGUAGUAGUAUUUUAACAAAACAAUGAUGUACCCUGCUUUUGCUAUAUUAUUUUUUUUAUGUAUGAGUUCUGUGUUAUUAAAACAAAACCAGC